CUGAAAACAUCCAUGUAAAAAAAAAUCUGCACUAUGCUGACGGAUGUUUUUCCACAUUUACACGUACAGAUUUGAUACAGAGUGAUUAUUCCAAAACAGCGCGACACCUGCGGCAAGGAGAGGAGGCCAAUCAUAGACAUAUAUACUGUAUAUAUGUCUAUAGGGCCAAUCCCUCGCUCUGAAAUCGGAUUGGUGUGAGCUGUCUGUCGGGUUAAAAUGACAUGAUAACCAGUCAGACAGUGGCGUAAUGUGUAGGUAUCAUAAGGAACUACAUUGAUCAAUGUGAAAUAAGGUGGGGUCACCGAGUUAGAGGUGUUGCAAGCUGUUCAUCUUCUAUCAGUAGCAAGGUGAGCCAUGCUCCGACUCCUCAAUCGCCAGCGUGGCCGGGUGGGGGACGGCAUGUACAGCCAGCUACGGUCCCACCACUGUAAGAGCGUGAUGGCUAUCCAGCGAGAGGACAUCAAUGUGUGGGAGAGGCGCGCCCCCCUUGCACCCAGGCACAUCAAGGAGAUCACACAGGCCGGCCACAAGGUCCUUGUACAGCCCUCUAACCGCCGAGCAAUCCAUGACAGAUACUAUGAAAAGGCUGGUGCCGUUAUUCAAGAGGACAUCUCUGAGGCUUCGCUGAUUAUUGGUGUGAAGAGGCCACUGGAGAGGAGAGUGAUCCCCAGGAAAACCUACGCCUUUUUCUCUCACACCAUCAAAGCACAGGAAGCCAAUAUGGGACUAUUGGAUGACAUUCUCAAAAAGGAAGUGCGCCUCAUAGACUAUGAGAAAAUGGUCGACGCCAACGGCUUUAGCAUCGUGACCGUAAGCUGGUGGGCGGGUGUGGCAGGAAUGAUGAAUAUUUUGCAUGGAUUGGGCCUUCGUUUUCUUGCCUUGGGCCACAACACUCCAUUUAUGCACAUCGGCAUGGCGCACAACUACAGGAAUGUCAGCCACGCAAUGCAGGCAGUGAGGGAUUGUGGGCACGAGGUCUCCCUGGGGCUGAUGCCCAAGUCCAUCGGACCACUUACCUUUGUGUUCACUGGAACCGGCAAUGUUUCCAAGGGUGCCCAGGCGAUAAUCAAUGAGCUCCCAUGUGAAUUUGUGGAGCCCAAUGAACUUGAAGAGGUCUCCAAAUCUGGAGACAUGGCCAAAGUGUAUGCCACAGUUCUGAGCCGACAUCACCACUUGGUGAGGAAGAGCGAUGGUGUGUAUGACCCAUUGGAGUACGAGAUUCACCCAGAGCUCUACACCUCCCACUUCAGACAGAGUAUUGCCCCUUACACCACCUGCCUGAUAAACGGGAUAUACUGGGACCCCCACACCCCCCGCCUGCUGAGGCGGUGGGAUGCCCAGGAGCUGAUGCGCCCGGUCGAAUUUUCCGCCGGUGUCACUGAAGGGUCGUCUGCCCUGCCCCCUCGGCUCAUGGCGAUCUGUGACAUUUCGGCUGACAUGGGGGGCUCCAUCGAGUUCAUGACAGAGUGCACCACCAUAGAUAAACCAUUCUGUAUUUAUAACGCCGACCAGCACAUAGAUCAUGACAGUGUGGAGGGCACUGGCAUCCUAAUUUGCUCGAUUGAGAACCUUCCCGCCCAGCUCCCCAUCGAAACCACAGAGUAUUUUGGGGACCGCCUGUGCCCCUACAUCUGGGAGAUGCUGUCCUCUGACUCCACCCGGCCAUUGGACCAGGAGGACUUCAGCCCGCAAGUCAGAGACGCUGUGAUUACAUCGAAUGGAAAGCUCACUCCAAAGUUUGAAUAUAUUCAUAAACUUCGAGAACAAAGAGAGCGAGCGCAGAUGAGAGGGAGGAAGCGUGUUCUGCUGCUGGGGUCCGGCUAUGUGUCGGGCCCCGUCAUCGAGUAUCUGACCCGGGACACUGGCACCCAGGUGACCAUAGCAUCGGUGAUGUUGAACCAGGCAGAGGAGUUGGCCCAAAAAUACCCCAACACUAUACCCAUCAUGCUAGAUGUCACCAGCCAGGAGGGACACCUGGAGUCUCUGGUGAAGGACCACGACCUGGUCAUCAGCUUGUUGCCUUAUAGCUUCCACCCCAUGGUAGCCAAACACUGCAUCAGUCAGAAAGUCAACAUGGUGACAGCCAGCUAUCUCAGCCCAGCCAUGAAGGAACUGCAGCAGAGUGUGGAGGAGGCUGGCAUCACCAUAGUGAACGAAGUGGGGCUGGAUCCUGGCAUCGACCACAUGCUGGCGAUGGACUGCAUCGACCAGGCCAAGGCAGACGGUUGUGUGGUGGAGUCCUACAGCUCCUUCUGCGGAGGCCUCCCUGCCCCCGAGUGUUCAGACAACCCACUGCGCUACAAGUUCAGCUGGAGCCCGUACGGAGUCCUGCUCAACGCAAUCAGCCCUGCCAUCUUCCUCAAGGACAAUGAGGUGGUUAGCAUCCCUCCGGGCGGGGUUCUUAUGGACUCUGUGGAUCCGAUGGAUUUCUUUCCUGGCUUCAACCUUGAGGGCUUCCCAAACCGGGACAGCACCAAGUAUGCCGAGCUGUACGGGAUCGAGACGGCCCACACACUGAUCUGGGGAACGGUGCGCUUCAAGGGCUUCUCCAGUGCGAUGAGUGGGUUUGUGAAGCUGGGCCUGAUCAACACGGAGCCCUGCCCAAUGCUGGACCACUCUGCCCCCCCAUUGUCCUGGAAAGAGCUCCUUUGCCACGUGAUGGGACUGCAGCCGUCAGUCAGCAGCAGUAGUUUCCAGGAGGCUGUGUACGACUGGAUUGGAAGGGACGACCACAGAAUGGAGUCGCUUAAGUGGUUUGGAAUGCUGAGUGGUGAACCGGUGCCUCGUGCAGACUCCAUUCUGGAUGCUGUGACGAAGCAUCUGGAGGCCAAGCUAUCCUAUGUGAAAGGAGAGCAGGACAUGGUAAUCAUGAGAAAUGAUGUGGGCAUCAGACACCCCACUGGAGAGCUGGAGACUAAGCACAUCAGCCUGGUUGUGUACGGGGACCCCAAUGGCUACUCCGCCAUGGCCAAGACUGUGGGCUACCCUGCUGCCAUCGUCUCCCGCAUGGUGCUGGAUGAGGAAAUUGACACAAAAGGCCUUGUGACUCCAUUGAUCAAGAAAAUCUACAGUCCUGUUCUGAAGCGAUUGCAAGACGAAGGGCUCCAGUUUACUGUAAAGAACACAAUCUCUGAAUAGCAUCAAACUAGUCAAAAUAAUGCAAAAUAAUUAAUAAGCCACUCAUCCCUUUACCUUUACCUGUUUAAGCUAAUAGUCACAGUAACACAGCACAGUUACACAAAAACAUGCAUGCCAACAUUUCUCUCUGUACCUUCUACAUAAAUUACAUUACAUAGCCUGAGGGGUAGCAAUCUUCAAAUAUGGCUGGUUUCUACGGUCCCAGCCAUGUCCGGGACAUGUCGAUCCGCUAAACAGUGUUCAUGCAGUAAAAUAACAAAACUCUCCCUAACAUAUACUGAUAUGAAAGCAAAUUGUGUUACUCAACACACCAAGGAUCGCAAAACCAGAUGGUGAAAAACCACACACCCGCCGUAACGGGUAUCAUGCCGGGAUGGACAACACCACCAGAAGGAACAAACUCCAGAUACUUCACCACUUUGCCCCGGCAGAUGACACAGGUCUUAUCACGUCAGUCUAGGGUUGCCACACGUUCUGGUUUUCCCGGGAUUGUUCUCUUUUUUUGAGGGACUGCCCCGGAAAAUGACGACGACAUGAAUUGUCCCGGUUUUUCGUACUUCUAAAUGUUCCAAAUAAAACCGGAUUCUUCUACUGCUAUUCUGGUUUUUCCUCUUUACGUUUAGACAUCUAAUCCCGUUUCUGUAAACAGGUAAAAAAAGAGUAAAACACAGCGAUGAUUGGCCAUAUGCCUAUACUUCUUUUUAAUUGGUAGCAGAAAUACGAAAGUUUACUUUAUCACCUAGCGACUGCUGCAUGGACUGUCAAUCUGGCACGUGCAUUCACUUCAACGACCCCACCAUGGGAAAGUUUAACUAGCUACUAGCCUAGAGGUAAUCGCCUAAUAUUCCUGAUUUAUUUUUGAUUUAUUUUGUCGGUUUUAUAAAAUGUGGGGAGAGACGGACGUGGAGGACGAGAGAACAAAAUCAGACAAGUAACCAGCAGCAGCAAAAAAAAAAAAAAAAAUGAAUAGAACCCCUGUCGUUUCCUAGACACGACAUUGUGUGCUAAUAAAGUCUGAUUUUCCUGAAGAUCUUGCUGCCUGGUGUCGUCUUUUCCCUCGCGAAGAUGUUUUUCGACAAAUUGAAGAUUUGGACUCUGUCGUUUCCUAGGCACGACACCCCGUGGGGCUGGUGACUGCGCAUAGGUGCCUUAAUACCCUCAGUAGAGGGUUUUUUUCCAUUUUUGUUUGAGCCUCCUUUUUGUGAA